AUGGCUUGCUGGAAAUUGUUUGAUAUCGAAAAUAUGGAUCCAGGUCGUGUUUUCGUUCUUCUAGACGAAAUACCGAGCGAUAAUGAAUCUCUUGUAGAAGAUCUAGACGAGGUUAUGAAUGAUGAAUUGCCGACGCCUGAUGCUUCCAAUAAUGGUGAAGUUUUUGACAUCGAAAAUAUGGACAUAAUUAUCGAGGAUAAUGACGUGAUUUCCAAUAACGACUUACACUGGGACAGCGAUGAUGAUAUCCCACUCGCCAGACGACCUGAUAUAUUCCUGUCAGAUUACUGGUCUGACGAUGUUUCCAACAUUAUGAAACCAAGUGCUUUCGCAGAAGCAACUGGUCCGGAUUUGCCUGAUGAUAUUGAGACACCGACAGACGUAUUCUUGCAUUUGUUUCCGGAAGAUUUGAUCACCCACAUUACAUUCCAAACCAAUCUAUACGCAUUUCAGAGACAUGUUGAAGGAAGACAUUUCAAACCAACAACUGCAAAGGAGAUUAAAAUCUUUUUGGAAGUUAAUCUCCUUAUGGGUUUGAAAAAACUACCAAGCUUCAAAGAUUACUGGUCUUCUCAGGAAGAAAUGAGAGAUCCUUUUAUUAGUUCCGUUAUUAGUAGAGAUAGAUUUGCUUGGUUGCUGAGUAAUAUUCACCUUAAUGAUAACGCAGUUCAACCACAAAUGGCGAUGUUUUCAUGCUCUGACGAUUAUAUGACAGAUGAUGACGAUGAGAAUGACUCAUUAGAAUAA